GAGGGCGGGGCGUGGCGUGGGGGGGCGCCAUGCGCCGUGUCAUGGAGGCUCAGUGUGCGGGCGGCCAUUGACGGCGCCGGAGCUGCGGCGGAGCGGCGCGGCCGGGGCGGCCCCGGCGACCCCCGACCCACUCCCGGCGCGCUCCCGGCGGUCGCCGCAGCCGCAGCGACCCCCGCGGCCGCUCCCGGCCACCCUCCCUCGCCAGUGCGGAACCGCGGGAGGGGGGGGGCGAUGGAGAUGAAGAAGCGCAUCAACCUGGAGUUGCGGAACCGGGCCCCCGAGAAGGUGACGGAGUUGGUGCUCGAUAACUGCCGGUCCAGCAACGGGGAAAUCGAAGGGCUCAAUGACUCCUUCAAGGAACUCCAGUUUCUCAGCAUGGCCAACGUCGAGCUGACGUCGCUGGCCAAGCUCCCCACGUUGAGUAAGCUCAGGAAGCUGGAGUUGAGCGACAACGUCAUUUCCGGAGGCCUGGAGGUCCUGGCAGAGCGAUGUCCAAAUCUCACAUAUCUAAAUCUAAGUGGCAACAAAAUCAAAGAUCUUGGCACUGUGGAAGCUCUUCAAAAUCUGAAGAACCUGAAGAGCCUUGACCUGUUCAACUGUGAGAUUACGAACCUCGAGGACUACAGGGACAGCAUCUUCGAGCUGCUCCAGCAGAUCACGUACCUGGACGGGUUUGAUCAGGAGGACAACGAGGCACCGGACUCGGAAGACGAUGACGACGAAGGGGAUGAAGAUGACGACGAUGAUGAGAAUGAAGCGGGGCCUCCAGGAGAAUAUGAAGAGGAAGAUGAUGAAGAUGAUGGAGCUUCAGAUUUGGGGGAAGGUGAAGAGGAGGAGGAAGUCGGUCUUUCUUACCUGAUGAAAGAAGAGAUUCAGGAUGAAGAGGAUGACGACGACUACGUUGAAGGAGGUGAUGAGGAGGAAGAAGCAGAGGGCGUCCGAGGGGAGAAGAGGAAACGAGAGCCCGAGGACGAAGGCGAGGAAGAGGAGGAUUAAUUUGCAGGACCAGACUCUCCAGUUACGGAAGACGCAAUAGUGAUUAUGCAGCUCUGUAUGUCCAUGUACCAUAGAUGUCCCGACAGAAAUCCUAUGUUAACUUUUUAUAGCAGAAGUGUGGUUUUACUAUUCCUGCCCCUUUUAUCAUUCCAGAUAAGCUCUGAUAGCCCGUAGGAACCUUCUGUAGAGAACAAUUUUCAGCCCUAUAAUCACUGAAGCCAUUGGCAACUUCCCCCCCCCACCAGACUUUUCUUUGGAGCUCUUUAAUUUCGUACAAACUUGCUGUGUUGGUCAUCGUUAGCCCCCAGUCCAACCCCCUGUCCCAUGGGUUUAAUAUUGGGAACUUCCUUCAGGAUUUUAAACUUUUUAUGCUUAAAAAGAUGAAUUGAACAAUGCUCUGUGGCAAAUUCCACAGUCUCUUAAAUCAGUUGAUGCUAAGCUGAGUUUUUCAGGGAUUCCACUGGAAACACCCAACUAGGUGACACCCGUGUUUCAGCUUUUUAAAAAGUGACUCCUGUGAUAUUUUUUAAGGCUUCUCUCCAUUUUGGGUGUUCCAGGGUGAAGCCUCAGUGGGUUUCAGAAGAUCUUUUUGUUUUCCUGCUUGCUCCGAUGCUCAGUGUUUGGAGUACUCACUAGAUUCCUUCAAGGGUGUAUUUUGGCAAACUGAAAGAGUUGUGUUCCAUAAAGGGUUGCAAUCCAUAAGUUUUCUCCCAAAUCCAUUGUCACUGCAAGUAUUAACAAAGCAAUUAAUGUGUAGUUUUAACCCAUUUUGCCAGAAAUCUUUGUUAAACCUUCACUCACUUUGCUCUCGCAUUGUCAUUGUGGGAAUUCUGCACCAAUCAUGGCUGUAAAAUGUAUAAAAUAGAUGAAAUAUGCAUUUCUGAUGCAGAAGUGAACGGGUAACUCCUCCAAGCGCGUUGUUUUCCAACCCCCUCCCCCCCCCCCAGCUUUUCUAGAACCGUUGAAGGGAAGGAUGAACCCAAGUUGGUCCUUCUCUGCAUGUCACCUCUUAGACUGUGUAAAUCUGGCUGAAGGCAAAACGCUCAGUUCGUGUGUAACAGGAAUAUUUGGGGGUUUGUAUCGAGUGGCUGCGGAGACGCACUGGGAGCAAGCGCAGGGGACGUGCAGAGAAGCUUUUCCCAGCAGCCUUUAAUAAUUCCUAGCAGUUCUGCCCCGAUGUAUCAUCUUUCCUGUUGGAAACAAGUUCCGACUUCCAGCAUUCCUCCUUCAGCCGCGAUCUGGGUUUCACGCAGCGUAGUCGUGAUAUCGCACCGACUGACGUCUCACGUAGGUCCUGAACCAAAUAUCACACACAGCUUUAUUCCAGAGACUUAUUUUUGUAUCUGUCCUGGCUGCCGAUAGCUGCCGGAAACUGGGGAGAGCCCGCGGGUGGGAAGAGGGAGAUUCCUGGGCCUGAGUCAGUCCCCCGUCGCCCGGUUCCCUGUGGAUGUUCCAUAGGAAUUGCACACAGUAGUUUGAUGUGACCUCCGGCUCUUCAGUGGAGUGUAGAUCAUGCAGGGUUGAAGUUCUGCAAAGCCCCAUUCCCUGUGUCUGUGGUUUUUAUCCCCCAACUAGAGCCUUAACUCCGGGUUUCUCCUGUAGCUGUGCAGUGGUCUCGGAGCGGAGUCAGGCGGGCGGUGGCACACUCGGGAACAGCUGACUCCUUGGGCUUUGUGUUUUUUUAAGGAAUAUCUCCAAAGACACUAGAAAAGUCAUGGUAAAACUUCCUUUGCAGCCACAACCGAGUCCUGUGUUUGUGAUGAGUCCUGGAUGGGUCAGUGCACAUCUGUCAUGUCCUGGGGGCUCUGGGCGAGGCACUCGCUCCAUGCUCAGCUUUGAGAGAAAAGGUGUUUUCCCAUCCUUUUGCUUCUUGUUUUUAGAUUGAAACCUGUUAUUUAUAAGUGUGUCUGUCACAGCACCUCCCUGUCAGGGUUUUCCUUAACUGUCUGUUACCAGUGCAGAUAAAAUUAGUUUUAAAUGGAAAAAAAAAGAGUCUAUUUUGAUGGAUUAAAAUGAUGUGGGUAGUGGGCUCGUUUGGGUGAGCGAGUCCCGCUCCCGAGACCAGACAGACUGAGCUCUGAGGGGUGACAGCCCUUCCCUAGGCCACACUUCCCCAGCAGCCACCACAUGGAACCCGAGCCCCUCACAGUCCCAGCUCCUGCUAAUCUGUCGGUCCCAGUGUCACCAUCCCCAGUCCCGUGCCCUCCGCUCGGCAUGCAGCAACAGCGUUUUUUAACGAGGAAUUCAGAGCCUCCAGAUAACUUUUGAAACUUUUUUGCUUGGUGGGUGGUCUUUUCAUGCAAAUACGUCAGGGUGGGUUUUAUAUUUUGUAGAGGUUUUGUCCUAUUUUAAUGCUCUUUGUAUGGCAGUCUGUAUAUAGUGUGGUUCGGUUCCUUCUCCGACUCUUUCCUGAAACUUUGGAGUAACUGAUUUUGUGCAACUGUGUUUUGAAUAAAGCCAUGACAGUGUUAAAUUAAAGACAACAGCCCUGCAGCACUCUUCUGAUAACUUUUAGUUGUAACAAAACAUGUUUCCUCCCCACGUGUGCUGUAAAUUUUAAAUUAAAAAGUUUUCAAACCGAAUUAUUUCAAAUAAAUUGAGACUAUUGUAUUGGAUUA